CCGGGAAGCUUGAUACGACGUCGUACUAAUCCGUCCAUCGCUUGAAAUGUUAACCAAGACAGUGUUUGCACUGCGGGAUCAGUCCAAGUCGAAGUAUUUUGUGAUUUGGAAAUUGCCCCAUUUGAUCAUCCAAGAAUAUCAGGCCGUCUUUCUUUAUUAUUAUUAUUUAUUGUGUAUGUGUGUAUUUGUUGUUGUAGUUCCUGAGUCAAUUUGAUGGCUUCGUGGCUGAAAGUGGCUGAAGAUAUAUUUGAAGUGGUGGACCGAAGGGCAAAGCUUGUGGUUGGUGAGAAGCCAGAUGAGCUGCGUGUUCCCCCUCCAGAAUCCAAUGGACUAGGAUCUCAAACGAAGAAGGGUAGAUCAAGAAAGAAAAAAAACUCGGCCAAUCAAGGUUCUUCAAGCAAUAAAGAGCAAGAUAUCCCCAAAACAUCACAACCGCAAACACAACCUGAUGGAAAUGUUCCUAUGCCUUCGAAUGAAAAUAUUGAAAGCAAACCCGGUGUUCCUAGUAGUGAUGUUGACAAUGGUGAAGGUGAACAAAAGAAAACUGACAGAGUUGGUUCUGUAACAGAGGAUUCCCUGUCUGGAACAAUAUCUCAUGAUGAGGAGGUCAAGGAAGUUAGCUUACACCCGGAUACUGAUGGUUCUGCUAAUGUGGAAGGUGCACCUUCAACUAUAAAUGGAGAUCUCCAAAGUGGAGAAUCUGCAGAUGGACCUGUUGAGAAUCAAUCACACUCAACCAAAGAUAUUGGUGCUGUGAAUGGAGAUUUUCCAUUUGACUCGACUCAAAACAUCAACAGCUCAAACCAUGAUGUGAUGUCAGAAGAUACUGGUUCACAGAAAAACACUGACCUUCCAAAACCGCAAGGUCUACAUGAAGAUACUCCAACGAAAAAUGAUACACAGUUGAAGGAUUCGGAGAUAGUAAUUGAACCUGACACCAGAAUUAAGCAGCAUGUAGAACAAAACGUUGUUACCCCUGCAGAGGACGUGCAAGAGCAAUUAGAAGAGGCGCAUGGAUUACUUAAGACAACAGUUUCAUCAGGACAGUCAAAAGAAGCCAGACUUGCGCGGGUUUGUGCUGGCCUGUCAUCGCGCCUGCAAGAGUACAAAUCAGAGAAUGCUCAAUUAGAAGAGCUUCUUCUGGCAGAGAGGGAAUUGACUAAAUCAUAUGAAGCUAGCAUAAAGAAACUUCAGAAAGAUCUAUUUCUAUCUAAAGAAGACGUGAGCAGAGUUGAGGCAAAUAUGGCAGAGGCAUUGUCUGCAAAGAAUGCUGAGAUAGAGUCACUUGCGGGUUCAGUUGACGCUCUGAAGAAGCAAGUUGCUUUGUCUGAAGAAAAUUUGUCAUCGCUGCAGGAAAAUAUGGAGUCUGUAAUCAGAAAUAGAGAACUAACUGAAACAAGGAUGAUGCAAGCACUAAGGGAGGAAUUGGCUGCUGCUGAACGAAGAGCUGAAGAAGAGCAUGCUGCACAUAACGCCACCAAGCUGGCAGCUAGAGAAAGGGAAGUAGAACUGGAACAGAGAGCUAUUGAAGCAUCUGCAGCAUUAGCUAGAAUUCAGAGAACAGCAGAUGAUAGGGCUUCAAAAGCAGCAGAACUUGAACAGAAAGUAGCACUUCUUGAGGUUGAAUGUUCGUCUUUGAAUCAAGAACUGCAAGAUAUGGAGGCCCGUGUCCGCCGUGGACAAAAGAAGUCCCCUGAAGAUGGAAAUCAAGCCAUACAGGUGCAAGCAAUGCAAGAGGAAGUGGAACGUGCACGCGAAGGUCAGAGAGAUGCAGAAAACAAACUUUCAUCGAUGGAGGCUGAAGUUCAAAAGAUGAGGGUUGAAUUAUCUGCUAUGAAGAGGGAUGCUGAACAUUACUCACGACAGGAACAUAUGGAACUGGAAAAGCGGUAUCGGGAACUAACCGAUUUACUGUAUUUCAAGCAAACACAAUUGGAAACUAUGGCCAGUGAAAAAGCUGCAGCUGAGUUUCAGUUGGAGAAGGAAUUGAAACGUCUCCAGGAAGUACAGUUAGAAGCUGAAAGGAAUAAAGUUUCUCGUCGAGGAUCAACAUCUUGGGAAGAGGACACUGAUGUCAAAGCACUUGAGCCUCUCCCCUUGCAUCAACGUCAAGUGGCUGGGGCAAGCUUACAGCUGCAGCUGCAGUUGCAGAAGGCAGUAAAACUUGUAGACAAAGGGGCUGCUAGGGCCACAAGAUUUCUGUGGCGAUAUCCAACUGCUCGCAUCAUACUGCUAUUCUAUCUGGUAUUUGUGCAUCUCUUCUUGAUGUACCUCUUGCAUCGUCUUCAGGAGCAAGCUGACACAUACACUUCCAAAGAAAUUGCCGAGAAAAUGGGACUAUCGAACAAGACAUUGCCUUAAACAGCAUGCUACGAAGCCCACUGCAAAAUAUACGCUCUAAAUUCAGCUAACUCAUACCGGGAAGAUGUAAAUGGCUAACCCUCCUCAACUUUCCUUCUUUUUUUACUUAUUGGGUGGAAAGCUAACAUGUUGAAGAAUUUUUUGGGAGCUUAUUGAAGUAGUAGGUGUAUUCUUUAUGUACCUAAACAAGAAAACUGAAGUUUUUGUUGGGGGUUUGAUGUUUUUGUGAUGAACUUAGAUCCGAUUUGCAUUAAUGCAUAAUGAUCAUUUUAGAA